AUGCAGGGAGGGCUCCAAUCCAAGUUUGGAAACAGGUUGAAGAGGAAGAGGGCCGAAAUUGAGUUUUGCAUUCGCUCGCACGCUCAAACAUCGAAGAGAGUUCAUGCAGAAAUCCAGUUGCUGUUCUACUACGAAGCGAGCAGUGCUACGUCCCUGCGCCCGCGGAUCAUAUGCUCUAAUAAACAUGCCUGCUUCUUAUGCAAUCUUUUCAUCAGGGCGCACGGAAAGUUUCAUAUCCGCAGCUGCCAUGGUAGAUUGUACCCUAGCUGGAGGAUCCCUCUUCUCAAAGAAGUCCAGUUGUCAGAACAGUCCGAGAUAUGGAUGCAGCAAUCCUUAGACAGACUAAAUCAUCUUCUAGAGGAAAAGAUCAGGGAAUACUUAGACCGCCCACGGCUUAGGAUCUCAGAUCCGACUGAGAGCGUUAUCUUCAUACCUGGGACAUGUUCGCCCUCUGCAGUAUCGAUAGUGUCGUCAUUGAAUCCUAUCCGCGAGGACGCAAAUACGACAGCCACAGACCUCGGUCAGAAGGAUAUUGUAUUCACCAGGCCCGCGAAGUUGCAGUAUCUAGAUCAUGGCCAACUUAUCAGCAUACAUCUGUACCCGAGGUUGCCAAUACGAAUUCAUACUCGCUGUAUUCACCUAGAGCUCACGUACGAAUUGGCCUGCGUUAUAGCCUCCAGUUCCUCGUCCACGAUAUCUUCUGGAUAUGAGCCACAUUCAAGCGACACUGGGCUACUCGUGCAAGUAGAGUGUAUUGAUGGUGGCGACCCACAAGUCUUUCCAGGCCCAGGACCAGUCUUUGAUCUUAGCUCACCUUGGUGCUCCAAGGAGGUUCCCGAUAGCAUUCUGUUCGGCGAAUUAGGGUUGGUACUAAAGAAGAGGAAUGAUGUCAUUUCCGUUCGAGUUCUGCAAUGA